AUAAAAUGGACAUCAGACUUUUGACGUUACUGUUGUUUCUUUGCGUUGCAACUUCGUUUGCGGAUCUUCGUUCGCCUUUAUUAAGAACACGUCGAAGUGGAUCGCAAGAAAGUGCCACGGAACUUACUGGAAUAUCGAGGAUAAAACGGGAGACCGACAGUUCGGAAGCUACGGAGAGUCCCAGUGCUACAGAACCCAUUACUGCCUCUUCGCGGAAUACGAGGAAGAAACCAGAUCCCAGAACUAAAACUACGCCUACUGCAAAGCCUACAACCAGGUCGACGGAUGAGCCUACGACGAAAUCGGACCCUACGACUGAGUCUCCCAUGCUCGAGGAGGAAUUCUCAUUUCCUACUCUUCCGACACCCAAGUCCAAGACACCUAAACCGAGGUCCACAAAGCCUAAGCCAAAGUCUUCGAGUACUACUGGCACGACACCUGAGUCAGAAUCCACGACACCUGAACCAGAAUCUAUAACACCUGAUUCAGACUCAACGACACCUGAUUCAGAGUCUACGACACCUGAACCAGAAUCUAUAACACCAGAUUCAGACUCAACGACACCUGAUUCAGACUCCACAACGCCUGAAUCAGACCCUACAACACCUGAAUCCGAAGAGUCUCCAGAUUCUAAGCCAGCUACCAAGCCCAAACCAAGGCCUACGCCUUCUAGUUCACCUAACAAGCCUAAGCCAAAACCCACGCCUUCUAGUCCAUCCAACAAGCCCAAACCAAAACCCACAACUUCUAGUCCAACUACCAAGCCCAAAUCAACACCCACGACUUCUAGUCCAUCUGCUCAACCCAGUGGAUCUACUAAAUCUACGACUACACCGAAGAAGCCAUCGACCACAGAAAAGCCAGAUGAUUCAGAAUCACCUAGUCUGGGUUCACGUUUCGGUCCUGAAGAGUCGAAGCCAAUGCCAGAGUCAAAUCCUAUGAAUCCAGGUUCAAAUCCUAUGAAUCCAAGCUCAAAUCCAAUGAAUCCAAGCUCAAAUCCAAUGUAUCCAGGUUCAAAUCCAAUGAAUCCUGGCUCAAAUCCAACGAAUCCAGGUUCAGAUCCUAUGAAUGCUGGAUUUCCAAACUUCAUGUUCCCGCCGUUCUUUAUACCCAACGCCUUCACACCUUACAAUCCGUAUAAUCCUUACAGUCCUUAUGGUGAUCCUAAUAUUAACUCCAUACCAAGCCCGGGUAACUAUGACUGGCCGGGAACGUACACUGGAGCUAAUGGGGGUGCUGGAGCUGCAUCGUCCUUUGCUUCUGCUUCUGCUUCUGCUUCUGCCUCAGGAUCGGGCGGAGCUCCUUACGACGCUAGUUAUAAUAAUCCAACGAUUGUUGAUUAUCGUGGAGGAUUUGUCGAAAAUAAACCCACUGCAGCCAAUACGGCCAAUGUGCCAAAUAUGCCUAACAUGGGACCAUAUGGUGGCAACGGAGGAGGUGAACCGCCAUUUGAUCCUAGUGUCUUUGCAUUCCCCGACUCCAAUUUCCAACAGCAAAUGAACGAAAAUUUCAGACGGCUCCAGGCUGAAUUCCAACGUCAGCAACAAGCAAUCUUCGAAGCAACCAAUCGCAUAGGCACCGAUGGCGCCUCAGGUUUCGGCGGACCAGGUGCACAUUCCGCUAUUUCCAGUAUUAAUUUAGGACCCGAUGGUGGCUAUCAAGCUGGUGCAAUUCAGCCAGCUGCACCUGGAGUAGAAUCUAGAUUUGGCGAAAAUCUACCACCACCGUCUGGAGGAUCCUUUGCUGUAUUCUCAGGUUCCAGUUCCAAUACUAUGGUUGGUCCAGAUGGUAAGACGGUCUCUCACAAAACUUCCACCACGGGAGUAAACGACAAUGGAAAAAUUACUUUCCGCACCGUUAAAGAUUAAAAUUAUGCAUCAUCGAACGGAUUGACGCUUUGACGAUUGAAUUAACGAAACGUACCUAUAUAUGCCCUUUCUUUUAAACAAUGAUCCUCUGUAACUGAGGAUUAUAAAUAUCAUUUAAAAUGCUAUAAAAAUAUUCUAUUUAGGUGAAAUUCGAAAUAUGAAAGAGAUAAGAUUGUCUACAGUUUUGGUAAUCAGUAGACUUAUUGUAGAUUGAAUUUAAUUUUAAAAAGUAGAACACAUGAUCAACAUUUCCAAAAUAAAAUAAAUAAUUCUCAAGAGACUAUUUCUUAUAAUUAAAUUAUUAUUCAUGAUUGUUCUAUGUACUCACUUAUUUCAUAUGGUAGGUAUAUUUUUUGCACAUAUUUCAAUCUCAAGGUACGUCCUGUGGAAUAUCAAAUUUUUAAAUAAUUAAUUUUAAAUAAUGGAGAAUAAUACUUGCAAUGAGAAAGUUAAAUUGCUUUUUAUUCGUUUGACUAAAUUUUGUUAACUUAAUGAUUAUUUUUAAUCACUGAUUUAUAAGUUGAAAAUCCAUUAUCUAUUAUCUGAACACUUUUUGACUAUAAAUUUAUGAUGAAAAUAAUAAUACCAAAUAUUUUAAGAUUUUUUAAACAUCCAUCCCGGAACCAAGAUUCGCCAUCUUGAUAACAAAUUUGAAUUUGAAAUAUAUUAAGUUACUUUUUUAAUUACAAUAAAUCUAAUUUAAGAAAUUAUGUAAUGUAUAAACUAUCUCGAAAUCUUUCAAUCUUGCCAAUAUAUUCUUUAAAGAGAAAUUAUUGUAGUAAAGGAAUAAAUAUUAUUCUUUUAUAUAGUUAAUGUUCAAUGUAAAAUACGUUUAAUUAUAAUAAAUUAACAGUAGAUCAAUAUCAGAAA